AACAAAAGUUUCUGUGACCGAACCGAAGUUUAAAACACCGGAAAGUCUCAGGAUGAACACUUCCGACGAACCUUUGCUGCUCGGAUUCCUCAAGAGUCCAAUGUCAUUAUUGCAAAGCUUCAAAGAAAUCUUAAAGCCCUGCAAAACCCUAUCUUCUUCCUCAUCUCCAUCAUUAUCAUCACAAUCUUCUACGCAGUCCUUAUUCUCACAACAAGAAUCCGACCCAACCGUAUUUUCGAGAAAACCCCCCAAAUCCUCUAUCUCACGGCAGCUUCAACGCCUUGAAGAUGACUAUCUUGCUUUGACACAGGAAAGUGAGGUAACCGAUUUGCAAAACCUUGAAACGCAACAUGGCCAUGUCGAAAAGAAGGGAGAUGAUGAAGAAGAGGAAGAGAAAGAGUAAGAGAUAAAAGAAUUUCGGAGACCCAAUUUGGGUCUUUCAGUUUGGUACCACAGGACUUUAGGAGCCAUUAAUUUUGUCUCUGGAGGGAGAAGUUCCUGUUGUACAGGUGAUUUCUACAUGAUUGAUUUAGUCAGUUAUUUCUUUUUAUUAAAGCUUCAUUCUUUUG